UGAACGCACCGCAACAGGAAAAUGAACCCUGUUGCCUAGGGUUGUUUAAGUGUAGCUCUUUUAUAUUUAUUUAUUUUACUUUAUCCCUCUGGUAUUUUUUAAAGUGGAAUAAAAGGACGUUAAUGUGCGACUGACCAAAGGAAACCACCAUGUUCCGCGCCAGGCUGAGCAGCCGGUUAACUCUCGCUGCACUUAGGUGGACAACAGGAGGGGGGACCUGUCACCUACCAUGUCUGUCCACUUUGUCCAACUGCCCAAUCCAGAACCAAGCACUAAGGAGAAACGAAGGUGUCCAUUCAGAGUCCACGGUGUUGAGACGAGCUUUGUGCCUCCAGGGUCGGUUUAAUUCUAGGCAAAGGGAAACAGGCCAGGGUGGCAGUAGGUCGUUCAGCCUGUCUGCUGCUUCCGUGGUGAACUCAGCACCUGCUCACGUUCAGCCUUACCUCAGACUGAUGAGGCUGGACAAACCAAUCGGAACAUGGCUGCUCUACCUUCCUUGUACAUGGAGCAUCGCCUUAGCAGCAGAGCCGGGAAGUCUCCCAGAUUUUGGGAUGCUCGCCCUGUUUGGUACUGGCGCCCUGCUGAUGAGGGGUGCAGGUUGCACCAUCAACGAUAUGUGGGAUAAAGACUUUGACAAACAAGUAGCCAGGACAGCAUCACGACCCAUCGCAUCAGGGGAAAUUUCCAGAAUGCAGGCACUUGUGUUCCUUGGAGGGCAGCUCUCCCUCGCACUUGGAGUCCUUCUGUGUCUUAACUAUUACAGCAUAGCUUUGGGGGCCUCUUCAUUAUCUCUUGUCAUCACCUACCCACUAAUGAAGAGGAUCACUUAUUGGCCACAGCUGAUGCUGGGCCUUACCUUUAACUGGGGCGCUCUCCUCGGCUGGGCUGCCGUGCAGGGCUCUUGUGAUUGGUCCGUGUGCCUUCCCUUGUAUUUCUCUGGAGUGAUGUGGACGUUGAUAUAUGACACAAUCUACGCUCAUCAGGAUAAAGAGGAUGACGUUAAGGUGGGAGUAAAAUCCACAGCGCUAAUGUUCCAGGAGCAAACCAAACUUUGGCUGAGUGGUUUCACGGUGGCCAUGAUGUCGGGGCUUAUCGUAGCUGGAGUCAACGCUGAGCAGACCCUUCCUUACUAUGUUGCUUUAAGCGCUGUGGCCGUUCACCUUGGACGCCAGAUUUACACUGUGGACAUCAACAAAGCUGAAGAUUGCUGGAAACAGUUCAGCUCAAACAGAAACCUUGGACUUCUACUGUUUUUAGGAAUACUUGUCGGUAAUUUGUUGAAAGGAUCUAAAGAGUCGUGACUGUAAAAUAAUAGAAAUACUUAGAUAAAUGAGAUAGUAUGCACUUAUUUUACGAUCAAAAACCUAUUUUUAUAUUGUACUAUCAAGGAUGCUUAUUCAUAAAUCACUUGGACUUCUUGCUUUUUGUUUGACUCUAAAUGAAUAAAAUGUGGGUUUAACAAGGUUUUAUUUAUUUAUUCCAUCAUACUCUAUGUACAGGAAGAAAAUAACUCAAAGAGAGUAAAGAUAUAAAGCAAGAUUCUCAGCUUCUUAACUGAUUUCCAUCUGUAGUUCUUGCGGCGUGUAAGAAGGGGACAAAAACUGAGAUAAAAAAGACAGAGCUGUGUGUAUCAGCUCUUGAUUUGCUGCGGUCUACGUUCCUACCUUCACCUGUGGUCAUCUUGAAAUCCGGGUCCUGACAAGAAGACUGAGAUCCCAGAUACAAGGUGCUGAAAUGAGCUUCCCAAUGUGACCCUCUUACAGAUUUUUCCCUGUUUUUAAACUUCAUUGUGCUGCAUGUUCAGCUGAGCUGCUUGUAUAAUUAUAAUCCUGCAUCUUUCGUGACAAAUAGCAAUCACUCGGCUGCAGAGCGUUGUUAUGGAACACUGGAACAAAAUGUAAACUGAUGUAAAGAGUUCAUGCUAAAACAUGAUGUCCUGGAACAACUUUUUGUUGCUCUAGUUUUAUUUUAAUUGCUCUCACGUGUUACACAACACAAGAGAUUGUAAUUUCAUCCCUAAUUGAUGUUACAGAAUGCUGCUCAGGUUCAGAUCAGACCUG